AUGUUCCCGGCUCCCGGCCAGGGCUCAGCCAGCGCGCAACAGCCUGAAGUAGAGGGCUCUAGACAUCUUUCUUCUGCUCAAGCAGAAGUACCGGAGGACCUCACGGCUACUUCAGGCUGCAGAAAAAUGUACUGGGGAAAUCAUAUCAGAAUUCUUUUCACUGUGACUCUGGUCUGGCAGGCUGUUCAUUUAGAAAAAGGCCCUGAAAAAGAAGAAUGGAAAGAAGAUGUGAAAAGUCUCAAUGCUACAGCACAAAAGCAGCAGCCCAAGAACGAAGGGACUUUUAUAAAUGCGCUCAGUGAUAUGAAUCAUAGUUAUGAAAGUAGAAAGCAACAGAGUUCCAGGUCUUUCGUACCUUUCACUGGAAUUACAGAGAGUAAAAAACUGAACAGACGCUGCUGCCAGAAUGGAGGGACUUGUAUCCUGGGGACCUUCUGUGCCUGCCUAAAGCACUUCAGUGGCAGAUACUGUGAAUAUGAUGAGCGGCAAAGCAACUGCGGCAGCAUUCCCCACGGCGUCUGGGUGCUGAAGGACUGUUGGCUUUGUCGGUGUGGCUAUGGUACACUGCACUGUCUCUCAGAAAUAAGGCAGAGUAACUGCGAACUGACAACGGAAACAGAGGAAAUUAUCAGACUGUAUUCUAAUGGUUUAAGAUUACAGCAAACAGUGUUCUCAGUCACUUGCCUGCUCGCCAUCCUCCUGGAGUUCUGCUAG